AUGUUUCAAAGUCGAGCCUCAGUAGCAGCUCGUGCUGCCCGCUCUGUGGCCUCCCAAUGCCGGGGUCUUGCGACCGCAUCCCCCGUAGCUAGUACGGCCCGCAGCCAUAAGGUUGUAGUGGUCGGUGGUGGUACUGCCGGUCUGUCCAUCAGCCACCAGCUCCUGCACUCGGGCAAGUUUGCCCAAGAUGACAUUGCUGUCAUUGACCCUGCCGAAUUCCACCACUACCAACCAGGCUGGACCCUAGUCGGCGGUGGUCUGAAGAACAAAGAGGACCUGCGUAAGCCAAUGGAGAGCCUCAUUGACUCCAAGUUCAAGUUCUACAACCAGGGCGUUGGCAAAUUCGCCCCCACAGAGAAUGCUCUGACUCUUGAGAACGGCGACAAGCUGAACUAUGAGCACCUCGUCGUGGUGCCCGGCAUCCACGUCAACUAUGGCCAGAUCAAGGGUCUGCCUGAAGCUCUCGCUGACCGCCACUCUACGGUGUCAUCCAUCUAUGGUUAUGACACCUGCGACAAGGCGUUCCGCACCUUCGACAACUUCCGCAAGGGAAAUGCCAUCUUCACCCAGCCCGCCGGCGUCAUCAAGUGCGCCGGUGCUCCCCAGAAGGUCAUGUGGCUUGCACUGGACCUCUGGAAGAAGGCUGGUCUCUACAACCCCACCAACGCCGCCGAGUCUCCUAUCAAGAUUAGCUACGCGACUGGCCUGCCUGUCAUGUUCGGUGUGCCCAAGUACAGCGCGGUCCUCGAGCAAAUGCGCAAGGAUCGUGGCGUCGAGGGUCUCUUCCAGCACGAUCUCGUCGCUCUGGAUGGUAAGGCCGCUGUCUUCUCCACCCCCAACGGAGAGGUCACUCGCGAAUACGACCUGCUCCACGUUUCCCCCAAGAUGGGUGCCCACGCGUUCGUGAAGAACAGCCCUCUGGCCAACGAGAGCGGCAUGGUCGAUGUCCACGACAACACCACCCAACACAAGAAGUUCCCCAACGUCUGGUCUGCCGGUGAUGCGUCCAGCCUGCCCACCUCCAAGACUGCUGCUGCCGUCACCUCCGAGGCGCCAGUUCUCGUCCGCAACCUUCUGCAGACCAUGGAGGGCAAGGCUCUUGAUGCUUCCUACGAUGGCUACACAUCGUGCCCGCUCCUGACCGAGUACGGCAAGGUUCUGCUCGCCGAGUUCAAGUACGGCGGUGAGCCCAAGGAGACCUUCGGCAACUGGUUUGGCAUUGACCAGGCUGAGCCUCGUCGCUCGUUCUACCACCUCAAGAAGGACUUCUUCCCCUGGGUGUACUCCAACUACAUGAUCAAGGGUAACUGGGGUGGACCUAAGGGCUGGCUCUAA